UAAAGUUUCCUUUGUUUCCUGCGUAUUCCGGGAACGCUACGUUUAACGGAAAGUUUGCAAGAUGAAUACUGUACUGUGUCUAUUUGUUGUGCUAGUGUCAAUUACUGUUGGCAAUGGAGCAGUAUCGUUUAGCCCUUCGGAGUCGGAGACAGUCUAUGGAGAGAAAGUACAGUUCUGUAAAUACAAAGACAUCAGGAUGCUUCCAGUAUCUACAAUAAAAGAUUACGAUAGCUGCGAAAAGUGUGUCUGUACCGAGAGAGGUCUUUCCUGCGCCACUUUACGAACGGCAUUCCAUGUCAAUACUCCUGCGAAUUCUAAAUGUGUUAGUGUGAGAAUAGGAUGUGUAAACAGAUGGAGGAGGAAGUCAAACAAGAACAAAAAGUGUCCAAAAAGCUUGAUACCGCGGGAUUUCACCAUGGUUGGAAAAUAGACGACAGUUUAUUUUCUUUUAAAUGAAAACAUUCAAAGAUUAACUUAAAUGUCUACCUGUUGCAAAACAAUAGUCUUUGAUUUUUUUUUCUACUUUAAGUACGUUAAGUCAAUUUGUCUGU